AUGAAGGAAUCUAGAGCUGAAGUCGAGAUCGAGUGGCUAAAGAAUUUUCUAUUGCCAGAAAUUUUGAAAAAUAAACAUUUUAGGGAAGAUAGUUCGUUGCGUGGCGAUACAAAUGACAAAGUCAAAAUACACGAUGUACAGGUGAAAUUCAUUGGCGCUGAAGAAGCAUUUAUGUUGACCAUUUGUUAUCGCGCAGUAAUCAUUUUAGAGGAAGGCGAUAGUGGCCCAGUAACUAAUAGAAUCAUUGUUAAGAAAACUCCAAACUUAACGCAAGAAACAUACGAUUUAGUACAAUUCGGAUCGCUCUUCAGCAAUGAAAUCUUAGCCUACAACACAAUUAUGCCCGCAAUUGAAAACUUGGCGCCAAGCACUUUCAAUACCCCGCGAUUUUACUUUGGAGAAUUGCAUAAAAAUUCCGCCACCGUUGUACUACAGGACUUUGGGGUCAACAGCUGGCGCGUAGCGAAGCAGAAGGCGAAUCUAUCAUUGGCGCAUGCACUUGUAGCUGUAAGUAACCUUGGUACUUUCCAUGGCACCAGCUUCGCAAUAAGAUACAAAAAUCAGGAUGAGUUCGAGCGCCUAACAAAGGAUCUGAGAGAACCACGUUUUGAAUUAGACGAAAUGCAUCCUGUAUGGAAAUUGAUGACGCAAUACGGCGCUGAGCGUAUCGUCAAGGCUGCUCAAAAGUAUUAUCCAGACAUCGAUGAGGAAUUCUUGCGCCGUUAUCAACGACUUAUCGAAAACUAUGUAGAAUUUGGACGAAAGAUGGUUGCACCCGUAGAGCCACUAGUGACAUUGUGCCAUGGCGACUAUCUACGCAACAAUUUAGCCUUCAAAUAUGAGGAGUCGAAUGGCACCGAAGAGCCGAUAGAUUCGUUGAUGUUCGAUCUACAAACCAUACGAGUUUCUUCACCAAUGCUAGAUUUUGCCACCUUCCUCUCAUUGUCCACCUAUGCAGCCGUACGUCGCACACACUUUGAUCAAAUAUUUGAUGAAUAUUAUGAAAAACUGAUAGCCGCAUUCAAAAAGACCGCACAGGGAGCCGAAGUGCCUCACUUUUUGAGCCGCGAAUCCAUACUCCGCGAGUACUGGCGGCUCUUUCCCUAUACCGCAAGCAUCGCAUCUCAUUUCCUCAUGCAGUUAGUUGAUCGAAAUAUAAUUUCAAUAGAAGAGGCGUCGGCACAGCCACCGACCCCAGAAGAAGUACGAGAGGAUACAUUGCAGCGCGGCGGCGAGGAGGUUGAUCGUGAAUUAUCCAACCAAUUGAAAGAUGUAUAUGACUUGGUGCAGGAACAUAAACUGGAUAUAUUUGAGGGUUUCGAUUAUGUAUGA